AUGUUAAAUAGCCGUCUAUUGAUAGCCGACGGACUGCUCUUCGUUUACAUCCUAUGGCUGACCGCAUCCAUACAGUACGGCUCGAUCGCCAGCACCGGUUUCGUUGGCUUUAAGAAAAUACACAACACCGAGAAGUGGUUUCGGUUUACAGUGAAAAUGUUUGCACCGAUUCUAGUGCUCAAUGCACUGUCCGUUAUGGGCGACGGCCCUAAUUGGCAUUCAGGCCGACAGUUGUUUGUCGACGCCUGUCAUCGCAAUUAUUGGAAAAACCUAUUGUUUAUAAACAAUUUUGAAGAACAACUCAUAGAUAUUUGCAACCCUUUUACGUGGAUUCUGGCCGUUAUAUUUCAAUUACAGAUAAUAUCACCGUUUCUUAUGAUACCGUUUCGGAUAUCACCCAAAUGGGGUUUCAUAACCGCUGCGUUUUGCUAUGCGAUGAGUGUUUUGGGUAUCGUUUGGAGCGAAAACUUUAAAGACAUGAAUAAAAUACAAAAUAAACUCAAUUUAAACAUUUGGUUCAUCUUCGGGAAGAUCUUGUGGUCAUUUGGCAACCUCCAGAUUCUUUACCUCGAUUUCUCGUCAAUGGGUACCCGCCGCGUUUCGAGUUUUCUCGAUUUAGAGGCUAGAGAGUCCAAUAAUGGCUCUGACGAUGGUUCCGAUGACGAGAUAGUUUCUGUCUCUAAUGAGCCAAAAGCUUCGGGGUCUAAACGUAAAGCGCCGGCAAAAGCUUCAAAACCGGCAAAAAAGGCAAAUAAUACAACGUUCACUGAGGACGGGGCUAUUCGUAUUGAAGUCCCGGAGCAAAAGAAAUGGAGUGAUCAGCCGUUAAUGCCUAAAUUUCAAAUCGGAAACACUGGAAUGGGAUUGAGAGGCAAUACACUGGUUUUGUACAAAUACACUUCAGACGGGAAACCUAAUCCAGGCUUUAGUUUCUGUGUUGGACAGGACUAUGUGCCUAAAUUUUACGAGACUUUGUCUCUUAUGCUAACAGAGCGAAAGCUUUUUUAUCCAGUUCUGAAACACGCGUCAAUCGUAUAG